AUUCCAUAAUGAUGAAUGGUUCCAACGUGGCCAACACAAGUACAGCUGCGACCACCCCUGUGAAAUCCAGGGAGGACCAGGUAGUGAACGGGCAUAAUGAGAAGGAGAGCAACCCCUUUGCCGAGUACAUGUGGAUGGAGAACGAGGAGGACUUCAACCGACAGGUGGAGGAGGAGCUCCAGGAGCAGGAAUUCCUGGACCGCUGCUUCCAGGAGAUGCUGGACGAAGAGGACAAGGAGUGGUUCAUUCCGUCCCGCGACCUGCCCCAGGGCAUCGGGCAGCUGCAGCAGCAGCUGAAUGGGCUCUCCGUCAGCGACAGCGCGCACAGCCACGUGCCACAGGACAUUUUGAGCAAAAGCACCUUAAAUCCCGACGCCAAGGAGUUUGUCCCAGGAGUGAAGUACUGAACCUUCCAGCAAACUUCGCACAGACUUUUUUUUGCCCUGGAUGGGGGGAGGGAUGGGGGGGAGUGGGACCCACAAGCAGUGGUGGGGUAAAGACUUCGUGGGCACAUCUGUGGGCCUUUAAGCUACUUAAGCCCUCUUUUCUUGCUUCGUCGGGACGUUUUGAGAAAAACGGAUGAGAAGUCACGUCCACCGGGCGACGAGGGACACCUGGUCGGGGGCAGUGGUGCUCCCUCCCCUCUUUCCGUUAAGCGACAGCAAGCCUAACCUGGCAGCCCGCAGGGGCCUCUGCCUGCCCCGCCAGUGAUCGGCCCCGGACACUUCGUGGGCCCCCUGCUGUGCCGCCCAGGCCAGGCUCCUCUCGGUGGAAGCUUUCCCACGGGCGGGCUUGCUGCUUUCCGGCCAGCCCGGCCCUUCCGCUCCUCUCCGCCCCACCUCCCCUGCCUUCGGAGCAGCCCCUUCCUCCGCCCUCCCUCGUGCGCUCGGCCCACUCCCCGGCUCGGUGUCACUGCUCCGUGGACUGCGGGCUGAGCUGGGCCCGCCGCCGUCUCCGGGGCUUGGGUAUGAGAUCGGACCUUCCCCCCGCAGCUCGGCACACACGGCGUUUCCUGCGGGCUGCUGAGGACUGCGUCCCCCGGGGAGGCAGGGUGCCCCAGGAUGUCCUCUGGCCAGGAGGGCGGCGAGGGGAUCGCGGGCUGCGCGCAGCACGAACAACCCUCCGUCCCUGCCCCUUCCCUGCCCCAGCUCCCCCACCCUUUAAGGAAUAAUCUGGGGCGGCAGACGGGGCAAUGCUCUGCCCGGUCAGUCCGAGCCGCUGCCCUCGAGGCUUGCAUGGGGGCGGGAGGACCGCAGGCACAACGGCUUCCUUGGCGCCCAAGCCGUGGAGUGGCGUGAACGCCGCUCGAGCAGAAGCGCACGGUGCGCCGGACUGCGCCUUUGACAGAGCUUUGUAUUCCGUCUGCGUAAAGAGCUGGGUGGCGCGGAUCCAGCCCGAGCUGCCGGCUCCGGGUGCUCUUCCCGUGCCGCCUUCCUAGAGCGGGAUCAGGGCAGGGCACCGGGGGCACUAGUCUUCCAUUACUGGCCGCCUGCUCGCUCCAAACGGUCCUCCGGCGGCAGCUGGGCAAGGAACCGUCCGGUUUUCUCUCGGCGGGCGCAAGGGCAGCCCCGGCCUCUUGCCUGCUGGUCUGAGGAACCGGGAGCCACGCGCCGCGUAGCGCCCGCCCAACGUGAUUGGCCAGGUGCCCCACCCCGUCUCCGGGCCGAUUCCUCCUCCUGGGGGCUCCUGGCAGCGGCCGAGCCGAACGAACCCGGAUGGGCUGCCUGGAGGGGGCCGCAGCAGCCUUCCCAGCAGGCUGGGCCCAGGGGGGAGGCAUCUCCCGCCCAGAGGGGACGGGUGUGGGGGUGCGGUGUCCCCCCCGCAUCGGCACCGCAAGCCCAGCCAGACCGCUCUGGGCCCCUUCGCCGCACGGUCCCUCGAGCGGCGUGGGACUCGCAGGGCGGGGGCCGGGCCAGCUGCCGCAAGCCGUGCGGGGGGCACUCCCGGAACCCGCGGUGGGGAAUGGGCAGCCCCCUGCCACCCCCAGCACGCGCUUCCUGUCACCCCAAGUGGCACGGCGGUGCCGAGGAGCGAGCGCUGCGGCUCGACGCCCCGAGGGCCGACGUGCCCCAGCCAGGGAGUUGGAAGCCGCGGAGGCCGUCACCAAAGGGGCCCUGCAGCUCCCGGGAGGCGGGUGCGAGGGCCUUGGCCUGCCGCCGGCUGAAUAGCCGCUUCCCACCUUGCCCGGAAGACUUUCGGGGCUCCCAGUGUGGGCUCCGAGCGAGCUGGUCCGAAGGGCCGCGGCCGCAGCCCGUGUUCUGUCAGUCCCGUGCCAGCAGCGUUGCCCCCGGGACCCCCAGUGCAGGGCCACACCACGUGCUGGCCAAAUCCUUUUUGGAGAGCCUCCCUCUGCGGGGCCCAGGUGGGUCCCCUCGAGCCACGUGCAGAACCGAGGUUAAGCUUGCCCCCCCCCCCCCCCCCCAGAGGGGGGGCCCGUUUCCCCCCGCCCCCCCCCGCCGGCCCCGGGGGGGGGGGGGGGGGGCUGGCCUUGCUGAGCUGCAAGCUUAUCUGUCAAUCUGCAGGAUACUUAGAGCAGAUCUGUGGGGCCAUAUCCUGUCUCCCCUCAUCUUCCCCUCUGCCCCCCCCAACCUCCAGUUGCUCCCCGAGAAAGUCUUCACAAUUAAAUGCUGUCCAUUUUUACAAUGCAUUCUAAAAUAAAUUGGUUUUGAGCUGGGUG